GCCAAGAAGCUCGAGGAGGCGAAGAAGAGGGAAGAGGCUGAAAAGGCCCGAGCCGAAGAAGCUGCUAAGCGCAAGGCAGAGGAGGAGGCGAAGAAGAAGGAGGCGGAGGCAAAGCGAUUGGCAGAGCAGGAGAAGAAGCAGCAGGAGGCAGAGGCCAAGAAGCUGGAGGAGGCAAAGAAGAAGGAAGAAGCCGAGAAGGCUCGUGCUGAGGAGGCGGCCAAGCGAAAGGCAGAGGAGGAGAAGAAGAAGCAAGAGGCCGAGGCCAGGAAGCUGGAGGAGGCAAAGAAGAAGGAGGAAGCCGAGAAGGCUCGCGCAGAGGAAGCGGCCAAGCGAAAGGCAGAGGAGGAAAAGAAGAAGCAAGAGGCAGAGGCCAAGAAAGCUGCAGAUGAGAAGGCAGCAGCAGAAGCGAAGCAGGCACGUGAAGAGAAAGCGAAAGCAGAGAGAGCAGCUGCCGAGGCGAAGAAAGCUGCAGAUGAAAAGGCAGCCGCAGAUGCCAAGAAG